AUGGGGAUGAGUCCUACCGGGGGCAUCCUCAUACGGGAGCCUGAUGAAGGUAGACGCUCGCCGAGGGUUCCCCCUCCGCCGGAAGCAUCGCGUCCUCAAACCCCCCCUCCACCUCCCGAAACUCGAGAGAUGGAGGUGGACCAAAGAACUCCUGAUCCGAAGGGGGAGGGGGUUCAGGGACACCCUGCUGAAGAAUCUGAGAAGCCGAUUGCUGAAGGCUUCUCAGAUGAUAUUGAUAGGGAGGUUGACGGUUUUCUUCGUCAACCUGAUCUGGGGGAGGAAGCAGAGAAGGUCGUUGCUGCUGACACUGGUGGAGACCAACUGGGCUCCGCCGAAGGAGAAGGUCAUGCUGAGCCUGAGAAGAUUCAGGAGGUUCCCUCUUCUUCUUUCCCCUCAUUCCAGACGCUGAACUCUGGAGAUUUGGGUUUCUCGGCUCCCCGUAUCACAGUCCUUGAGCCUGUUUGGGAACGAAUUUGGGGUCAGAACCGUGAAGGGGUUGCAGGCUACUUCGGCGACUUGACUAGCAUGUCCGAAGUGGACCGAGCAAGGGUGUGGUCGCUGAAGGCCACGACUGGGAUGGGAGAAUCCAGCCGAAGGGUCCCUGACCCUGCAAGAGACAACCAGCGUUUGCUGAUGCAGGUUGUGCACAAUCAGACUCUUACUGUAGAGUUGAUUGACACCCUCCAAGACAAGCUGGAGCAUGCCUGGGAGGAGGCAAAAAUUGCCCGGGAGGAGGCAAAGCUUGCUGAGCUGAAGCAGCAGGCUGCUGAAGAGAAGCAGCAGCAGAGCGAAGAGUAUGAAAAGAGGGCUACUGAAGCCAUUCAAACCUUCUGCUCGGCUAUGGAGAAGGAAGUUUUUCCCCCGCUGAUGGAAGGGGAGAAAUUCCUUCAGGAGCAAAUGGGAGUGGACAUCUCCAAAUUUAAAGCUGUCAUCGAGAUCCGAAUUCAAGAAGGAGCUGCUGCACAAGUUGAAGUGCAGCGGAAGCUGGAAGCUCUUGAAGCCAGCAGGAUGGCUGCUGAAGAGACUCUACAAGCUAAGGAUGUUCACCUUUCUGCUGCCCAAGCUGCUGCUGAGAGCCAAGACCAGAAGCUGAAGGAGUUGGAAGAUCAGCUGAGAGUCAAAGGAGAUGAGCUGACCCAGGCCAAAACCGAAGCUUCCAACGUCCAGCUGGAGCUUAAUGAGCAGAAGACUUCUUCCUCCAAACUCUCAGAAGAGUUAGAAAAAUCUAAAAAGGAUUCGGAGGAGAGUCAAAAGAAGUUGGCUGAUGCUGAAGCCCUACUCCAAGUCCGCCUUUACACCCAUGAAGAAUAUGAGAUGGGCUUCAUUAAUGGGUUUAAGGUGGCUCGGAGGUUGGCUCUCCAUGCCGAGCCUUCGCUGGAUUGGUCCAAGUGUGCGCUUUGGGCUCAGGACCCCGAAGAUCCGCACAUGCUGUAUGCCACUCCUGCUGAGCAUGAGAUCCUUCAGGCUGAACAAGCCGAGGAGGAAGCUGAGCGGCAGGAGUUGGAGGCUGAACAGCGAGCCGCUGAAGCUCAGGCAAGGGCCCAACCUGCCUCCUCUGCUGGUGGAACCGAGACUGCCCCGGGGCUUGGCCCGGCUGAUCAGCCUGAUCCUCCAACUGAAGCAUAG